CAAGUUUAUAUGUUAGAGUAUUUGACUGAGUGCAUUUCGGUUCGUUCGCUGAUUUCGUUCGAGGCGCGUCCCGACCAGCAUGCAGCUUCCACCGGGUUCGGAGACGGAGGAUACCCCGCUACCCAGCCGGGUCGAGUCGAGGGACUCACUACUGAGAAAGUACGACAUACCAAUCGCGCAUCUAGACUUUGCCUACGUGGAGAAAUGCACGGACGGGAAAGAAUUGGAGCGCAUCCUGCACAUCCUCCAAAGCGGGGAGGAAGGUUACUAUCCGCAAUUAAUGACUGCGACCGAGGAGCGUCUGAGUCUCAUCAAACCGACGAGCAAGUUUAUACGAAAAGUGACUGCCGUUGUAGACAAACACGAAUUAGAUAUCAAAAGUAAAACGGAGCUGGAGAACGAAAUCGAUAUUUUCGUCCAGAACGCAUCGCAGAAUGACACCGAACUUGGUAAGUUCAAAAAAUCCGUCAACAUUCCGCAAAGCAUUCCGGAAGUUAGACAGACAAGAAACAUAGAGAAUACUACAGUGGAAAAUAAAUCAAAUAGAAUAAAAGCAACUGAUUAUGCUUCAUGGGAUAAGUAUGAUCCUGACACAGAAAUACUCAAAAUGGAUUUGGAAACCGAACAACUUCAGAAAAAGCAUCAACAGCAAGAGAAACAAGAAAAACUCACAAAAAAAGAAGUCAAAUUUGAAAACUGUUACAAUGAAACAGAAGCCAGUAUACAAUCCAAUCAAGAACGACUCAAAGGAAACGAAUAUUACAAAUCAGCCGAGUAUAAAGAAGCUCUUGAAUGCUAUACCAAUAGCAUCAAUAUGCAUCCAUCAAUAGAAGCAUACAAUAACCGCGCGCAAGUUUACAUUAUGCUACAGGAAUACCAGUUGGCAAUGGCUGACUGUCAAUCAGUUUUGACACACAAUCCGAAUAAUGUCAAAGCACUCAUGAGAUUGGCACAAAGUUUAAACGCAUGCUGCCUGUAUCAAGACGCAAUUCAACAUUUAGAAAAGAUCAUUUACUUGGAUCCCAACCACGAGAACGCGCAGAAUCUUCUCAACACGGUGAAAUCAAAGCAUGCGCACGCGUCUGGCGGUAAAACUCGAAUGAAAAUCACGGAAAUUUCCAGUGCAGCGCCAAAUCAAAGUAAACCAAAACGUAAAUCUAUCCUGAAAAAGUCACAAUGUCGUGCAAACACAAACAAAUCAAAUGAAUCGCCUGUAUUGGUACCGAUUCCGGGUCCUAGCCAUAUGCGUGAGCCAUAUUAUGUUGUGUUGGAGGAUAAAAACCCCGAAAUAAUCAAGCGUGCGCAGUAUAUGUUGUAUAACAAGCCGCAGAUGAUGUAUAUGUGUCAUCCGGAUGACAGCGAUGAAGAGUCUGAAGAACCUUAUGAAAACAAUCAUAAUUUGAAUCAUAAUGACUGUCGGAAUACAACGACUUUGAAUGACAUCAACCAGAGGAUUAUGUAUUAUGCACAAGAAAAAACAAAAAAAUCCACGGUGGAGAUUACAGAACUGCCAAAUGAUACAGAAAUAGAAACUGAUUCAGCUAUUGAUAUAGACAUAUGCGAGAAUUCUGCAGAAGUUGAUUUAUUAGAUAAUAAUAAUAAAUCCGAAAAGAUGAUUGAUGAUUUGAACAAUAACAAUCAAAUCCAGGAAGUUGAAGAUGGCGGCAGUGGUGAACCGCAUUUAAACAAUAACAAUACGGAAAAUAACCUAACUAGUGGCAUCGAGACGCCAUUUUCUUUCCUGCGAGCAUGGUUGGCUGUUCAACGGGAUGAUUCCUACGUUAAACACGCCAAAGUUUUGCAAAACAUUGAUGAAAACCAUCUUAAUGAAGUUAUAGGUUAUAAACUGGAUGGCACCAUGUUGACUGACAUUCUGCGCACGUUAUACCUACAUUUCAGCGUACCGCACGAAGUAGAACGCGUGCGCGCUAUUCUAACAAACAUGGCCGAGCUGCCACGGUUCAGAGUCGUUUCGCUCUUCAUAACCUCCGCCGACAAGUACAAAAUACGCAGUUUGUUUGAAUUCCUCGAGCAACACGGCACACCAUUACCGGAACACGUAAAAAACAAGUAUUUAUAACAUAAUCGCCAUCAAUAUCAUGUGUAUGUGUGUAUUUUGGUAUGCUUUAUAAAUAAAACCAGUUAAAUUCA